AUAAAACUGUAGACUUGAAAAAUAAGUGAAGGCAAAGCAAAAACCCUUCCAUAGCGGCUGCGUUUCAGAGCCUGAGCCGUCACAGACUUCCAAAAUCUCAACGAAGAAUGGCUCAAUCUCUGGAAUUGUUGCUUAUUCAAUUCUUGAUGCCUGACAACGACGCUCGGAGGCAGGCUGAGGAGCAGAUUAAGAGGUUGGCCAAGGAUCCCCAGGUGGUUCCCGCCCUUGUCCAGCACCUCCGCACCGCCAAGACCCCCAACGUACGCCAGCUAGCGGCUGUUCUUCUCCGUAAGAAGAUCACCGGCCACUGGGCCAAGCUCUCCCCUCAACUCAAGCAGGUUGUCAAGAACUCCCUCAUUGAGAGCAUCACUCUGGAGCACAGUCCACCAGUGAGGCGAGCAAGUGCAAACGUUGUGAGUAUCAUUGCAAAAUAUGCUGUUCCAGCAGGAGAGUGGCCGGAUUUACUUCCUUUUCUGUUCCAAUGUAGUCAAAGUGCACAAGAAGACCAUAGAGAAGUGGCAUUGAUCCUUUUUAGCUCUUUAACUGAAACAAUCGGAAGUGCAUUUCAACCUCAUUUCACAGAUUUGCAAGCUCUUUUACUCAAGUGCCUGCAAGAUGAGACUAGCAACCGUGUUAGAGUCGCUGCUCUUAAGGCAGUAGGUUCUUUUCUAGAAUUUACAAAUGAUGGGGCUGAAGUGGUAAAGUUUCGGCAGUUCAUUCCAAGCAUUUUGAAUGUAGCAAGACAAUGCCUUGCCUCCGGUGAGGAAGAUGUUGCAGUAAUUGCUUUUGAAAUUUUUGAUGAGCUUAUAGAAUCUCCGGCUCCACUUCUUGGAGACUCGGUUAAAUCCAUUGUGCAGUUCUCCCUUGAAGUUUGCUCAAGUCAAAAUUUGGAAUCCAAUACACGUCAUCAGGCUAUUCAAAUAAUUUCAUGGCUGGCCAAGUACAAAUCCACUUCCCUGAAAAAGUAUAAGUUGGUCAUCCCCAUUCUGCAAGUGAUGUGCCCCUUGCUUACAGAAUCAAACGAUGCUGAUGAAGAUGAUGAUCUUGCUCCAGAUCGAGCUGCUGCAGAAGUUAUUGACACUAUGGCUUUGAACCUUUCAAAACAUGUCUUUCCCCCUGUUUUUGAGUUUGCUUCAUUUAAUAGUCAGAAUGCAAAUCCCAAGUAUCGGGAAGCUUCAGUUACAGCUCUAGGUGUUAUUUCAGAGGGUUGUUUGGACUUGAUGAAGGAUAAGAUAGAACCUGUUCUUCAUAUUGUGUUAGGGGCACUGAGGGAUCCAGAACAAAUGGUUAGAGGAGCCGCGUCAUUUGCUUUGGGCCAAUUUGCUGAGCAUUUACAGCCUGAAAUUGUGUCACACUAUGAAAGUGUUCUUCCCUGCAUUUUAAAUGCCCUUGAAGACAUAUCUGAUGAAGUAAAGGAGAAGUCGUACUAUGCUUUAGCAGCAUACUGUGAGAACAUGGGUGAAGAAAUUCUUCCUUUCCUUGAUCCUUUGAUGGUGAAGCUACUUGGGGCUCUUCAAAAUAGCCCCCGUAAUCUGCAGGAAACAUGCAUGUCUGCAAUUGGUUCAGUUGCCUCAGCUGCAGAGCAAGCUUUCAUACCAUAUGCUGAAAGGGUUCUGGAGUUGAUGAAGUCUUUCAUGGUACUCACAAAUGAUGAGGAUCUUCUAUCACGAGCAAGGGCCACUGAGCUUGUUGGAAUAGUUGCUAUGUCUGUUGGAAGAACAAGGAUGGAAACAAUAUUACCCCCUUUUAUGGAAGCUGCAAUUUCUGGUUUCAGCUUGGAGUUCAGUGAGCUUCGGGAGUAUACUCAUGGAUUCUUUAGCAAUGUAGCUGAAAUUUUGGAUGAGAGCUUUGCACAGUAUCUUCCUCAUGUUGUACCCUUGGCAUUCUUGUCCUGCAAUCUUGAUGAUGGCUCGGCUGUGGAUAUUGAUGAAUCUGAUGAUGAAAAUAUUAAUGGCUUUGGUGGAGUUUCAUCUGAUGAUGAAGCCCAUGAUGAGCCAAGAGUAAGAAAUAUCAGUAUAAGAACAGGAGUAUUGGAUGAAAAGGCAGCUGCAACUCAAGCACUUGGCUUAUUUGCACUGCACACGAAGAGUUUUUAUGCACCCUAUUUUGAGGAGUCAUUAAAGAUUUUGGUAAGACAUUCAGGAUAUUUUCAUGAAGAUGUUCGGCUUCAGGCAAUCAUUGCUCUAAAAUACAUUUUGACAGCAGCAUAUGCAAUCUUCCAAAGUCAUAAUGAUGGACCAGCAAAGGCACGAGAAGUUCUUGAUAAUGUGAUGCGUAUUUAUAUCAAGACUAUGACUGAUGAUGAUGACAAAGAAGUUGUUGCUCAAGCUUGCAUGAGUGUAGCAGACAUUUUUAAAGAUUAUGGUUUCGUAGCUGUUGAACCUUAUAUGUCUCAGCUUAUUGAUGCAACCUUGGUAUUGCUUAGAGAAGAAUCAGCUUGUCAGCAAUCAGAUAAUGAUAGUGACGAUGAUGAUGCUGAUACUGAACAUGAUGAAGUCCUUAUGGAUGCAGUCUCUGACCUUCUUCCUGCAUUUGCAAAAUCUAUGGGUGCACAUUUUGCUCCGAUCUUUGUCAACCUAUUUGAACCUCUGAUGAAAUUUGCAAAAUCUUCACGUCCUCCACAAGAUCGGACUAUGGUGGUUGCUUGCCUUGCUGAAGUUGCUCAAAAUAUGGGUCCUCCAAUAGCCAGCUAUGUUGAUAGGAUAAUGCCCUUGGUACUGAAAGAACUAGCAUCAUCAGAGGCCACCAAUAGAAGGAAUGCUGCAUUUUGUGUUGGGGAGUUGUGCAAAAAUGGAGGCGAAUCAACUUUGAAAGUUUUUCCUUGCAUCAAUACCAGAUAUUAUGGUGAUAUUUUACGUGGACUUUACCCAUUAUUUGGGGAAUCUGAACUGGAUGAUGCUGUCAGGGAUAACGCAGCUGGUGCAGUGGCAAGGAUGAUAAUGGUGCAUCCCCAGUCCAUCCCAUUGAAUCAGGUUCUUCCUGCUUUCUUAAAAGUUCUUCCAUUAAAAGAAGAUCAUGAAGAGUCGAUGGCUGUAUACAGUUGCGUCUCUACUCUUGUUUUGUCAUCUAAUCCACAGAUCCUUGCACUUGUCCCUGAAUUGGUUAAUCUUUUUGCUCAAGUUGCGGUGUCUCCAGUCGAAACCCCAGAAGUUAAGGCGCAAGUAGGAAGAGCAUUUUCUCAUCUGAUUUCACUGUAUGGCCAUCAAAUGCAGCCUCUAUUGAGCAACCUUUCACCAGCACAUGCAAAUGCUCUAGCUGCAUUUGCCCCCAAAUGUUGAUGCAUGAUUAUAUCAGUUGGCCUAUUUGUCGUGUUGUUUUUUCUGUGAAGCUUGUUUAUCAAGGAAUUUUUUCGUAAGCUCAUUAGCUCAUCACCAGGUUUGGAUUGCGAUUGCUUUCUCCAUGUUUCAUGCAAAUCAUUGCUUCCUCUACUCUAUACCUUGUGGUAUUCAAUUUUUCAACGUUACUCUUUCCCUAUUUCAUUUAUUGUAGCCAUGAGUGUUCAAUUUUUUGGUUUUUUGAGGUUGAGUUAUAUCAGUGUUUUGAGUGUUCCAAAGCUAUAUGAAUUCAUGCCUUGUCCUCAAUUUUGAAGCAGGAAAGUAGUUUAUAUAAAUAUACGGAUUUCAUUUAA